AUGAACUACGCUGAAAGGCUUCAAGAAAUUUGGUCGCUGAUUCCUCAGCAGCCGGAGGGCAACGACGCUUGGGACUAUGUCCAAAAUGCAUUGUGGACCCUCACAAGGGACAUCGACAAUGAAAUUCGCCAGAACGAUGAGUGGGAACGACACCUCGUUGAACAAGAGGAGGCCCUCGGCAAUCAAGAUCGAGAGCUUGCCGAAAAGGAGCAAUCUCUUCAGGAGAGGGAGCAGACUCUCCUGGACAAGGAGCAGGCUGUCCAAACAAGGGAGCAUGACCUCGAUCGAAGAGAACAGGCUGUCAAGGACAAGGAGCAUCAAUUGGAGCUCCAUGCAAAGCUUGACUUGAUCCUUGAAAAGAUGGACAACAAUGCUACGAAAGAGCAAGUCCGAUCUGUUUCGGACAGUGUGCAGAACAUGGCCAGCCAGCAGCAGGUCACGGCUACCCAAGAGCAGGUCAAGGUCGUUUCCAAGGCCUUGGAAACUGUCUUGAAUGACAGUGCGACCAAAGAGCAGGUCACGGCUGUGUCCAAGGCCUUGGACACCUUGUCAAAAGACAAUGCGACUAAAGAGCAGGUCACGGCUGUUUCCAAGGCCUUGGACACCUUGUCAAAAGACAAUGCGACCAAAGAGCAGGUCACGGCCGUUUCCAAGGCUUUGGACACCGUCUUGAAUGACGGUGCGACCAAAGAGCAGGUCACGGCUGUGUCCAAGGCCUUGGAAACUGUCUUGAAGGACGGUGCGACCAAAGAGCAGGUCACGGCUGUGUCCAACAGCCUGAACACCAUGUCACAUCAAGUACAGGCAAUUCCAGGCGUUUCUGAAAAGGUCGAUGCAAUCUCAGACCAAAUGAAGCAAGUCGGGUUUGUUUCGGAAAGCCUACAGAACGUGGUGCAAUUCAUGGAAGGCGUCUCGCACAUGUUGCAUACUGUUUCGGGCCAACUCAGUCAGAUAUGGAACGAUAGCUCUACCAAAGAUCUCGUUUGGAGGGGCAUGAGCAAGCUCUGGGACCAAUUGCUAGAGAUGUCAUCUGUCAUGAAUAGCCAGAACCGGACCCGUUCGGAGACACUUGAAUUGAUCUCAAGCCAGAUCAGUCAGGUGAACAAUGACAAGGCUACCAAAGAGCAAGUCCAGUCUGCUCUGACCAAGCUUGACACUCUGUCGGAAAACGGCGCUACCCAGGAGCUUGUUCGGUCUGUCAGCACGACGGUCGGGUCAGUCUUGGCCAAGUUCGACGGAGUGGCAUCCAAACAAAACUUGAAAGUCCUUUACGGUCUUUACCGCCACCUUGCUCUUCAACUCGCAGCAAUGGCAAAUGAUCACGACAUCAGACUGUCUGACAUUGAGUCUGAUCUGCAGAACAUUUGGGGCUGGGUUGAAAACCUCUGUGAUGGCGACACCAAUUCCCUAGCUGUUGUCCUGAAAGAAGUAAGGACAAACAAGGACUGGAAAAAUACCAGUUACGAUGCUCUUGCUAGUUUGGAAAUACAACUACAGAAGGUUCAGCGGUUAGAGCAAGAGCUGGAGGACUUCAAGAGCACAAAUUUUGACUUGGACAAUCAGAUCCAAGACCAAUGUGCCAGACUGGACAAGCUCAACGACGAAGUCAGUCGUUCACGGGAAUUGCUGGCCAUCAGACCGUCCUGCUCAAUACGGUCUGUCCCCCCCAACAACCGUCGAUGGGUACAGCGUGUGGAUGACUUGUUGGACAAGCUCGACAGGUUUAUUGUUGCCGACACACAAGAGGGUCCCCUAGAGGCCAUCUUUAAUCAGUUCUGUGUGGUCAUGUCUGAUCCAGAUGUUCGUGCCUUGAACAAUCUGGACCUUUUCAACGCCGGGCCACCAGUAGAUCGCUGGUAUUGUUUCAAGCGCAUUAUCCACUCCGGGCCUACUACCGAUGCCAUCCCACACGAUGGGCAAAUCAGUCCUUCGUGGCCGCCAAAUAACCAAACACAUUCUUACCCCGCUACUCUACCUCGACACAACAACAACAACAACAACAACAACAACCACAACAACAACAAGAGUGACCACAAGAUGAACGACAGCGCCACGAUGACCGCUCCUAGCAUGCCUCUGGACGCGCAAAAGCGUCGUAGCCAUAUCAUGACCGAAAUCAAAAAAGCUUUUGGUCUUGAGGAGUCCUUCGUCCAUCGCAUGAUGGCGGACAUCUUUGCUGCCAAGGCCCAUGAAAACUUAUGGCGACAGAAGUUCGCCUCGGUCUGCCCCAAUGUCCGCAACUGGUUGAUUGACCUUUAUGUCGUCAAAUGGUUCUUUCCUGAAGAGAUGAGCAGCCUGUAUAAAAUAAAUUACCCGCUGCCUGCUCCUUCGGCGGAGACUUCGCCGGAAUAUGCGGCGUUCCGCGAGGCAAAGAUCCAAGAGCGCGAUGGCACCUUUGUUGUGCCUGAUACGUCCAUGUGGCAGCAGCUGAGACCACAGGUCGGUGAGGGUCACCCAGGCGUGUAUGGACGCUUCCACAUCAUCCUCCCCAGAGAGCUCUCUCCAGCCAGCAAGGUUUGGCAUGAGCUCGAGAGUAAGGGUCAACAGGACAAGUUCGGUACCAUUGGGCUUGUCCGUGUCCGCAUUAGUCUGGACGUGGCCCAAAGGUCUGUUGUUUAUCAACUCGGGUACAGCACAGUCACGCCUCUGGCUAACCCUUAUGUCAUGCCCGCUCUGGGUCAAACCUGGCUCAAUUUUGUCGGAUGGGCUUGCGAGCUACUCUUGAUGUCGCACAACCCACAGUUGCAGCCCAGCUACCCUGUCUGGCUCGAGAAGCACGUGGCCAAUGGCUGCCCUCCUCAUAACGAGGAGAGGCUGGUGGAGACGGCGAACUACGCACGCAUGGUUGCCACAUUCAAGACCGCGCUUCUUCAGGCUGAGCGUUUGCUCGCUGGCGCGGCCCUGGAUGAUAUUACUCUCCAGCAGGCCGUGACUGAGUGCGAAAAGUUGUGCUCCAGCCUUCAUGUUGGGCUGCCAUCUUGGAACAUGCAUGCUACCUCUAAGCUACUUGUUUGGGCUGCUUUGCACAACACACGCGGUCUCGACCCAUAUGUGGCUGAGCAUUACCCUCGACAGGGUCUGGGCGUGACAGUCGAGCUCCUCAGAGCCUUGCUCCCCAAGUUCUGUCAAUGGAAGGGGCGUCAGUAUGUUGAGCAUUGGAUUAAGGAGAAUCCCUUGUCUCUGCCGCGUACGAGGCUUGAGGAAUCGGUUGAGAGGGUCUUGAAAGACAUGAACAUUUGA